AUGGACAUGCGCGAAGAGGUGAGCGAGGUGUACAACACGCCGCUGCUGGACCUGGUGUUCAAGGCCGCGACCGUCCACCGGAUGUACAACGAUCCGGCAAUGGUCCAGCGCUGCACCCUGCUCAGCAUCAAGACCGGCGGCUGCCCCGAGAACUGCAACUACUGCAGCCAGUCCAGCCAUUGGUCUGAGGACACUGGACUGAAGGCUGAGAAGCUGAUGGGACUGGAGGAGGUGUACGAGGUGCAGAAGCUUAUGGGCCUGGAGGAGUUCUAG